CUGCAAGCGGCCGGGAUGGCGGGGCCGCUGCUCGCCCUCUGCCUGGCGCUGGCCUCCGCCGCGGGCCCCGGGGCUCCCUCCUCCGCGCCGCUGGGGGACAUCGGCGCCUGCCAGAAGCGCUGCGGCCAACCCCCCGGCGCAGCCCGGGAUGCUGUGCUCAACGCCUGUUACCGAGGAUGCCGGCUGUUCUCCAUCUGUCACUUUGUGGAUGCAAGCGCCGAGCUGAACACAACCAGAGCCGAAUGUGAAUCAGCUUGUAUCGAAGCCUAUGGCAGUGCUGAGGAGCAGUUCGGCUGCACGACUGGAUGCAGGAAACAGCUGCCUGAGACGCAGAGCCGGAAAGACAAGAGUCUGGAGCUGCCGCCCGUGUCCUUCUCCAUGUUUGACUUGGUCUCCAGCUUUUGCAACGACAUCGUCAGCUCUGCCCAGAGCUUCAUCUCCUCCACCUGGACCUUCUACCUGCAGGCAGAUGAUGGCAAAGUGGUGGUGUUCCAGUCCCAGCCGGAGAUCGAGUACCCGGUGCCCGAGGCGCCAGCAUCCAAGUCGGAGCUGAUGGAGAAGUCCUGGCCUGUGUCCAGUCCUAAUGCCCUGAAGCCCCACACAGGCCCCCAGGAAAAGCUGGAGAAACCUCCCCUGAAAGAGCCAAAGAGCAAAACGAAGCUCCAGCACCUGGAGACCCAACAACCAGAGCACGACUUCCUGGGCUGCAUGUCCAAGCGCUCAGGCCUUCCUCGCUGGAUCCUGGCUGCCUGCCUCUUCCUCUCCAUCAUGGUGAUGCUGUGGCUGAGCUGCGCCAGUCUGGUGACCGCCCCGGACCAGCACAUCAAGACCCAGCCGCUGAGCAUUAACGGCGAUAAGGAGGACCUGGAGGACCUGGAUGGCUCGACCCCCUUUUCUCUGCACCCCGUGAUCGCUGUCACCAUCUGCCCAGCGGACGACAACGAGGAGGCGGGGCCGCUGCCGGUUAAGGUGGAUCUGGACAAAACUGUGCUCUAGAGCCCCUCCUGUCAUCUCCAUGCCUUAUUUCCUGUGAACAUUUUAAUGCACCCCCCCCUUGCUUUGAUCUCCCUUCCCACUUUUUGCUGUUUUAGACCUCUCCCUGCACUGUGUUCGAAGAUAACCUUCCUGGGCCAUGGGGGGGGGAGGGGAAUCCACUCCCGGCCCCACCUCCAUCCAUUGUUCUUGUGUGCGGGAGGGGGAAUUGUUUUCCUCCCCCUGUUCACAAUCCCAGCCCCAGCAGGGAGCGGUACUGAGGGGGAUCUGGUCGGGGGGUUUCUUGCCUUGUGUCUCUGGUGCUCCAGGUGGGAGCUUUGAUGAGAACAACACGGUCUGUGAGCUUGGUUGCCUGGAGUCAGAUGACUGGUGGGAGCAAAGAGGGGAGCAUGGGGGGGCAGAGAGAAAGUGUGCCCUACCGUGGGGGGUGGGGAGGGAGUGUGGGAGUUGGCGUGGCAGCGCCCGUCUGAAACAUGGAGCUGCAUGUGGUUGGGGACCCCUCGGGGUUCACGGCAGAGCCCUCACCUGGCAGGCCUCAGGGCAGCUGGUUUUGCAGUGGUGGAAAUGGGCACGAAGCAGAUGGCUCCACGGGGAGAGGAUGUGACAGUGGGGUAGCUCCAGCUCUCGGUUCACUUUCCCUGGAGGCUACUCAUUGGAUGCGCCCUGCGGGGAGGAGAUUGGCACUGAUGCUUGGGCGGACCCUGGAUGCGACGCGCUGCCCCCAUGUAAAGGGUUUGCGCUGCUGCAGCUCUGCUCUGUCAAUUAGGGUAAAUCCGGCAGGGAGACAAGGCCCAAGGCUGACACCACAGACGUGGUUUCUGUCUGGUCCUGGCCAGCCCAUGCUCGGUGCAAGGAAAGCUGCUGGCUGCAGCAACCGCGCCCCGGCCAGGAGGAGCCUGGCUCUGAGCAAGAUGCUGAGGAAGUUCCCUCUGGGGCUGCUCUAAUAGCAGUGGGGGGGGACCCCCCAUGGGGAGCUAUUUGGAACGCCCUGCAGCCCGUUCAUGCCAGAUCUCCAGGUUCCCCAGUAGGGAUGCGGCUGCUGUGGAAGGGCUGGGUGGCAGGCCCCUAUGCCGGCGUUGGAGCCAACUCAAGCCAUUUUCCAGCUUGGCAUCUCGCACCACUCCUGGCUCUCUAGCACCAGCUCCCAUAGAGCAUCAGGGCAAUUCCUGAGCCACACCCCAGGGUGCUCGGACAAGGCCUCCCAAUUCACCCCCUUUUGCUGUUGGUGAUUGUGCUCCUGUGGCCAGGCGUGGGGUGGGGAGCACGUCUCACGGACGUUCCAUAUCCCUUGACUUCACGUCUCAUACCUUGCGGUUUUGUUGUGCUGGCAUGGGCCGCUGUCCCUGGGCACUCUGCAUGGGCACUCGCGCUGAGAACACCCUUCUGCAGCGGAGGGAAAUCCGCUCAUCUGUCCAUUCGCCUAACGCUGUCUGUAUAGAUUAACUUAUUACCUAGGACUCCCUACCCUUGGGUUUGAAAGCUGUAUCUCUAUUGACCCUUUACUUUGACGCUGCCUCGGUUUCACUGGAUCCUGUAGGUUGUUAUUGCAAAGAGACUCUUUCAUCCUUCCCCCCUUCUAAGUUCUGUAUCGUUCUGUAUCACUUUAAUGUGUGCAACCUAUCUGUUUUUUGGAGGGGGGAGGGCAGUUUGGGGAGGGGGCGGGGAUAUUUUGUGUACAUGCUGGGAUCCAUCCCACAAUUUUUCAUGAUAGCUUUUCGGCAGAUCAGCUCAGUGAGGUGACGUUUGUAGUAUUGUCCUGGCAGGUGUAUUCAAGCCAGCUGGGCCUCUCUGCCUUUCGAGUCAGCCAUUAACGAUCCCGGAGCAGAAAGCCCCUCGCAGCUGUGGCUCCGAGGGAAGCUGGGUUGAAAUGGGGCGGGGGGGGACUGGAGAGUCGUCUGGGGAUCCGUGUGUGUCCGGAAUUGUUGGAGAGAGCUGGUUUGUUGUUUUUAUCUAAAAAAAGCUGUGACAGGAGCGUGGAGCAGGCUGGGAGGGGUGGGGAGAAAUGGAAAUAAAGGUUUGUAAAAGAA